AUGGCCUUUGCCAAGAAGUUCUUUAGGGUUAGGGAAAAGACACCUUUAGGUUUCUGUGAUGGUCCCCAAAUGACUGUCUCUGAGUUUCUCUUCGGUGAAUAUCCCAACUAUCCAAAAUACCAUACAACAUACAGACCCGUGGGGCAGAUCCACCGGGUUGCUGCGGAGGGAGAUGCUGGCCGGAUGGAGAUUCUCAUCAUGCUUGGACAAUGCAGCGUGUUCGACAGGGACCACAAGAACAGGACAGCUUUGCAUUUUGCCUGUGUCUAUGGCCGGCUCCCAGUGGUGAACAUUCUAUUGAAAAACAAUUGUGAGAUCGAUGCUUUUGACCAGAGACAAAUCACACCUCUGAUGAAGUCUGUCCAAUGCUGGAAACAGAAAUGUGCGGCCGUUCUCCUGGAGCACGGCGCUGAUCCGAACAUUCGGGAUAGCAGCGGUAACUGUGCGCUGCACUAUGCUGUGUACAACGGGCACGAAGACAUGGCCGCACUACUGCUUGAAUACCACGCCGAUAUCGAACAAAAGACCAAAGAUGGCUUCACACCACUUUUGCUGGCACUCAGAGAAAAGAGGGUAGAGGUGGCAGAAUUUUUAGUCAUAAAAGGAGCAGACAUACAUGUUGUAGAUGACAUGCAAAGAAACACCUUGAUGUAUGCUAUACGAUGUGGAUCAAAAGAUAUAGCCAUGUUACUCCUUCAAAAAGGCAUUGAUUUCUUCUACAAGGAUGUCUUUGGAUGGACAGCGUUACGCUAUGCUGUCGAAGGUCGUUGUACUUUUAGACAGAUGCUUCUGGAUUUUGAGGAAAACAUACAUAAUAACAAAAAAGAUAAUGAACCAGGGAUUGACUCCAAGAUCUCCUGCUCUUUAGUAGAACAAAUGGAUUCUGUAAAUGACUCAUUGGCCAGGAUCUCCAGUUGUUCUAGUCCUGGGCUUCCCUUGCCUGUCGUGAAGGAAGACGAGUGUGGCUGUGACACCAAGGUCAAAUGCCCCUCUGUGGAGGAGUGCGCUUCCUUGCCCCAGCAGGGUAUCUCUGAGAGUGCUCCUCUGAGCUGUACUGGCAGUUUAUCUUUGGCUAUAGACAAAAUAUUUGAAAAUUCGGCAAGAAGAAAAGUGACAGCAUGGACUGAGAAAGAUUUGUCCUUAAAGUCUGCCACUGAAGUCAGAGAAUCUGUGGCCACUGAAGUUAGAGAAUCUGUGGCCACUGAAGCCAGAGAAUCUGUUACAAACGAAGCAGCAGAAAGAACAGAGCUGCUACCAUUCCUACCAGAGUUAGAAUUGAUAUCAGUGGAGGAAGAUAUUCCCGAUGAAAGUGCAGACAAUCAGCGACUGAGUACCUUGGAGCAUCUUCCACAAAAGAAUGUUGGCCAUUUAUCUGGUACAGGACAUCAAAUGGGAAACAUUAAUAUCAGUGGACAAAUGAAAGGUAGGAAUAGAAUUUUAUUUUGA